AUGACGGACACUGAAAUGUGGUCUCCACCCACAACAACCCCUGUCAGGCACCAUGCCUGGUCCAGGAAGACGGUGAAUCGGCAUCGUCUUGUGUGUCAUUCCCGACCCACCGUUUCUGCAAUUGAGCUGGCUGGCAAGCCCAGUUCUGUCCGGAUGCUAACCCGUCACGUCUUGGCGGCGAGCCGAUUUCGGCCCAUCCGUCAAACUUCCGUCAAACUGUACGAAGUACAGAGUGCGGGAAAACAGGGAAAACAUGAUAAUCGACUUCUUAAAAUGUUCGCGACUACUAUUGGCAGCGACUCUUUUGUGAUGAUGGCAUCUUCUUCGGCCAUGGUGUCAAGGAAAGCGCGGGGGAUCCCAAAACAGGAAGGGAAGGACAGAGUUGACGAGGCUGGUGAUAACUUCAGCCCGAAUGCUUGGCAGAAUGGACAACGAACUCAAUUUUCUUCUUUCAUUUACCCGUACAACGGCAAAUAG